AUGGAGGCACAAAAGCUUAUGAGUGAAGAGGAAUCCUCUGGAUCGGAGGAAGAAAUCUCGAAGGAGACGCGACCUCCGUUCUUGAUGUUGAUGCAGUUGUGUUGCAUCAGCGCAAUCGAGGGCAUGGAUAUGGGUUUGUUGCCGGCGGUGACGUUUGCUCUACAGCACGAUCUGCAUCUGCACCUGUCACAGAUUGCGGAGAUGAGUUUGGCUCAGGCAGUGGCACAGGCUCUUGCAGCGCCCGUUUGGGGAGUUUUAGCGGACCGGAAGGUAUGUCGCAGAAAAACGCUUCUUGCCAUUGGGGCGUUCUUUCAAGGCCUUUGUACCAUAGCACUCGGUUGGACAGAGAAUUUGGCCAUGAUGAUUGUGAUCAGAAGCAUCAACGGGGCCAUGCUGGCAAGCCUGAGACCUGUUUGCGUGGGAAUCGUCGCGGACACGACAUCAGAGCUGGGUCGUGGGAAGAUCUACGGCUACCUACAACUCUCUGUGACAGCCGGCAUGAUGGUUGCCACUCUGGUCGGCACUCCCAUGGCAACUGCCACUAUUUGCGGGUUUCAGGGCUGGCGAAUAGCCUUCGCGCUUGUGGGAUUCUUCGGUAUCUUUACGUCCAUGCUGAUAGCCGUCUUCAUGUUUGAGGCAAGGCACGAGAAGAGCUGGAACAAAGAAAGUCGCAAACGUUGCAGCGGAGUCUAUCAGGAGCUAGUGAAGUUCGGUGGCUACUUCCGGAAGCCAACAUUUGUGUGCCUGGUGGGGCAGGGACUAUUUGGAGCCAUUCCUUGGAAUGCUUUCAACUUCUCCACUCUGUACUUCCAGGUGGUAGGCCUGUCCGACAGCCACGCCGCAGCACUAACCACAGCCUUCCAGACCUGCUGUGGCAUCGGCAACGUGCUUGGAGGCUACAUUGGUGAUGCUUUGGCAAGACGAUGUCCUAACCAUGGCCGUGCCUUUACCGCCAACAUGUCGGUGUCUUUGGGAAUACCAUGCGUCUUCCUCAUCUAUAUGACGCAGCCGUCCGAAGAUUACCGAUUCUUCUGGUAUCUUUCUUUGCUCAUUUUGAUGGGGCUGACCGCAACCUGGUGCCUGACAGGGGUAAAUCUGCCUUUGCUGUCAGAGAUAGUUGACCCGGCAUCACGAAGCGGUAUCAUGGCUUGGGAGAGUGCGAUGGAAGGGGCGAUUGCAGCUGUUGCAGGCAAUGCUGCGGUUGGAUUUCUUGCGCAGACUGUCUUCGGAUACAACUUGGCUGAUGCCAAGCCAUCCGAUACAACGCAAAGUCACCACAAUGCUGAGGCUCUGGGGAAGGCACUGGCCUUCACAUCCGUUGUACCAUGGAGCCUCUGUCUGGCUUGCUACAUCUUCAUGCACUGGGCGUUUCCAUAUGACAAGCGGCUCAUAGAGGAGGAAAAGCGAAGGUACCAAGAGCGCCAUGGAACGGAAACCACAACAGCCAGUGAGUUUGAGCUUGAAGACUUCGACUUGGAUGAGAAGAAUCGCGAGGAUGAGGACCUGGAGUGGUUGGAACCCAUAGGAUGCUGA